AUAACUCAACAAAUAAUACAAUUUUUUUGCACAAUAUUUGCUGACAAUUGAUGACAAUGUCUAACGUAAGGGCAGAGAUAUUGGCGGCCAGUCGUACCCGCACGGGUUGGCAGGAUGUGAGGCCACCACCACCUGAUCGGCGACCAGUAAUCGACUCUUUAAAAAUGAAUUUCGAGGACAAGUCCAGUGCCGAUACACGUAAAGAGACUAUGACUUCAUCGGUGGCCAAUAGUGUUGCAAAUGAUCUGAAGAGUGGUCGCAAAUUGGGUUCAAAAGUGAGUCAAAUUGCAAAUCUUUUUCAAUCAUUAUCACCUGCGACUACAAAAAGCAAUGUAUCAACAAAUGGCAACAAUAAUGGUAAUAAUAAUAAUCACAUUCAGACAGUGGAUCUUAAGUCAAACAACUCAUUACUAAUCACUGAAUCAAUAGUCAAAUCUAAUAAUUUAAAUCUAAACUCAAAUCAAAAAUGUCUUCAAAAUAAAACUCAAUUAAUAACUAAUGGAAAUAAUGAAAAACUCAAUAAUGGAAAUCAAUUUCACAAAAGCAACGGUGAAUCCGUUCAUCAAAACAAUGCAAUAAAUACUUCAAAAACAUCAGUCGUGUCCAAAAAGAUUGAGUCCAAUAAUAAUAAUAAUAAUAAUAAUAAUGUUACAAAAAUGGACACAACCUCUACGGCUCAUAAAGGGGUCGUCGGUCCAGCCAUUCGUCGUACAGAAAGCCGAGUCUUGAGAUUUAAUAACGCGAAAGCAAUUUUCGAAAAACUUGAGAUCAAGACUAAAGACAAAGAACCGACAAUUAAUACAAAUGAUGGUUUAGUUAGUGCCAAAAGUUUAUGCCAGUCUUAUAAUACUGAUAAGACAAUUGAAUCAAAUGGUGUGACAAAUAACAAAGUUAAUAGUUGUAAGUCUGUCAAUGAAAUCUAUAAUAAUCGUAACCGAGUUUCUUCUGUUAACACUAUAAAUUCUCAUGAGUUGAUUGAUAAUCAAUCAUUAAUUGAUAAUCAAUACAAAAAAGAGUUGAAAGAUAAUAAUACAAGCAAUGGUCGAGUGACAGACAAUGGUAUGAAAAGAUCAUCCAAUUUAUCGCGAAGUGUCGAUCAAAUAGAAGUAUGCAAAGAUGCGCCUCCCGUUCCACUGAGACGUUCAAUAACAUCACAACAAUCUGUACCGGAAUAUGUCAAACAACACGAUAACGUACCGAAACGUAGGACUUACCCGAACAAUGCAUGCAAUGCCAAAACCACUGAUUCAUUUGAAAAGCUAAGCAAUAAUUUAUUUACAAAAGAGUCGAGAGAGGAAUUGAUUGACAAAAUUAUUUUGGAGAUAUCGGACAAUCAGAGUAAAGUGGAUCACAUGCAACUCAGUUGUCACAGUCUUCCAGAUCUAAAUAGUUGUGACACAUCAGGCAUUCCCGACAUUUUGAAUUUUGAUGAAUGUUUUAAUGACGUCGAAAUGAUGACCGAUGAAGAGGCACAAAAACUAUUGAGCAGAAAGUCAUGGCAAGACUUGUUUACCGAUGAACAGCUCCAAAGAGAAAUGGAGUCCGUAUUAAGCUCUGAGACGGAUGAGUCUCAACUGAAAUCAAAUAAAGUAGAAGAUAUCGAAUGUGACAAUUCAAGUGAUAUAAAAAACAAUAGACAUCCAAAUGUUGGACACAUUGAAGUAACAAAUGGAAGGCCCAUGGAUUGUAAAACUAAUAUAAAUGGAGACCAAUCUAUUGAAAGUAUUAGUAGUGCCGAUAUAUCAGUGACCGCCGACAGUCACAGCAGUUUAAUGACUAAUAUUAGUGAAACCAGUAUUACUUUGGGUGAAGUAGAAUACCAUUUAUUAUCUGACGGCCACUUUUACUUUGAAACACCCGGUCUGCCCGAAAAUAGCGACGAUGAGAAUGAAGACUGUGUUUCAAUGCUGUUAUGUCCGGUUCCGCCGCGAAAGAAGGCAAAAGUCCGCUUUAGUUCCGGUCCUAUGAGAGUCUAUUCUACACAUUCCGUUGAAGACUAUGACCGACGUAAUGAAGACGUGGAUCCUGUGGUAGCAUCAGCUGAAUAUGAAUUAGAAAAACGUAUCGAAAGAAUGGAUGUCUUUCCGGUAGAACUUAUGAAAGGACCCGACGGUCUUGGACUUAGUAUUAUUGGUAUGGGAGUUGGCGCGGAUGCAGGCAUUGAAAAGUUAGGAAUUUUUGUCAAAACAAUCACCGAAACUGGUGCCGCAGAUCUGGACAAACGCAUCAAAGUUAACGAUCAGAUUAUAGAAGUGGAUGGAAAUUCUUUGGUUGGCGUCACUCAGUCUUAUGCGGCGUCAGUUUUGCGGUCAACCAGUGGUCUCGUUAGGUUUCUCAUUGGUCGCGAAAGGGACAAUGCCAACAGUGAAAUCGCCCAAUUGAUAUCACAAUCACUACAAUCAGAUCAUUGCACUGAAAAUGGAUUUGACUCGCAAAAGGAUUCGUACAACUCUUCUGAUUCGCCAACCAUUGAAGCCAAAGACGAUGAAGAGUUAAAUUCAAAUGAAUUUGACUCAGCAUUUGAUUCAAACUUUCAAUGCAGUGAUUUACUUAAUGAAUCAAUUUAUCCGACAACAGAUGAUACAAAUGCAUCCAAAGCUGAAGAUUUGACUGAAAUUAUUAUUUUAAGAAACAAAUUACAAGAUUAUGAAUCAAAGAAUUCAUGUCUUAAUAAAGAACUCAUAAAACUUAAACAAAAAUAUGAACAGAAAAUAUGUGAAUUACAAAAACAAUUGGAGGAAGCAUUGGUUCUGUUGAAACAAAAUGAAUGUGCAAUCAAUAGUUCCCGAAAAGAGGUCGGACAGUAUAAUCGUCUAUAAAUACGAUUAAAUAAUAAUAAUAAUAUAUGCU